AUGUUGGUGGAGCUGGAAGUGGCCACAGAGUUGAAGUUGGAGAUCCAUCGACACAGGUACGGGCUGAGGCCCAGGAUCUUCAACUUAGUGAUGAAGCCGGACCUGAUCUCUGAGUAUCAACAAAAACUCAAAUCCAAACUCAGAGAAAAAUGUAAAAGAAUUGAUGAAGGAAUCUUAGAGUCUGGAAGCUUACCACUUCUGAAUGAGAUCUACACAGAGCUCUACAUCACAGAGGGUUGGAGUGGAGACAUCAAUAAAGAACAUGAGGUGAGACAGAUUGAGACAGUGUCCAGGAGACCAGCAACACAGGAGAUACCCAUCAACUGUAAUGAUCUCUUUAUGGACAUCAGACAAAUGAGAAAAAUAGGAUUAUUAAAUUGUGAUGCCUACAAAGUCCUAUUCAUCUUUGAUGGUCUGGAUGAGUGUCAACUUCCUCUAAACUUUCAGAGGAAUGAGAGAUUGUGUGAUGUGACAGAGUCAGCCUCAGUGGAUGUUCUGCUGACGAACCUCAUCAAGGGGAAUCUGCUUCCCUCUGCUCUCCUCUGGAUAACCUCUCGACCAGGAGCAGCCAAUCAGAUCCCUCCUGAGUGUGUAGACCAGCUAACAGAGAUACGAGGCUUCAGUGAUCCUCAGAAAGAGGAGUACUUCCGGAAGAAGAUCAGUGAUCAGAACCUGGCCAAUAAAAUCAUCAGACACAUGAAGUCUUCAAGAAGCCUCUACAUCAUGUGUCACAUCCCAGUCUUCUGCUGGAUCUCAGCCACUGUUCUAGAGAGAAUGUUGGGUGAAGCAGAGAGUGGAGAGAUCCCCAAGACUCUGACUCAAAUGUUCACACACUUCCUGAUCUUUCAGAUCAAACACAAGGACCAAAAGUACCAUCAGAAAUGUGACCCUGAUCCUCAGCAGACCAGAGAGAGUAUCCUGGCACUGGGAAAACUGGCUUUCCAGCAGCUGGAGAAAGGAAACCUGAUCUUCUAUGAGGAAGACCUGAGAGAGUGUGGCAUUGAUGUCAGAGAAGUGUCAGUGUACUCAGGAGUGUGUACCCAGAUCUUCAGAGAGGAGUUUGGGCUUCACCUGGGGAAGGUCUUCAGCUUUGUACAUCUGAGUGUUCAGGAGUUUCUGGCUGCUUUAUACGCAUCUCACCACUUUAUCAGCAGAAAUGUAACAGAACAACAAACCACUGAUCUGUCUGAUCUUUUCAUCAAGUCAAACAUGUCUGAUUUCCUGAAGUGUGCAGUGGACAAGGCCUUACAGAGUGAGAAUGGACACCUGGACCUGUUCCUCCGCUUCCUUCUGAGUCUCUCACUGGAGUCUAAUCAGAUUCUCUUUCAAGGCUUAAUUUCACAUACAGGAAGUAGCUCUCACAGCAAAAAGAAAAUAGUCAAGUAUAUCAAGAAGAAGAUCAGGGAGAAUCCAUCUCCAGAGAAAUGA